AUGCCAUUAUUCGGAUACCAAAAUCCGAUUUCAUCGUAUCAGUCUGCAUACAACAAUCAGCAAGCUUCUACAUCAAGUGCAAUGAACGCAAUCAGUCAAAACAACGUUUUUCAUCCUCCACCAAUACCAAAUAUUAAUAACCCGCAACCUAAUCCAGGCACAUCAAUGAACGUUUUACCUGGAAACGGGGUUAAUUUGCUAGCGCCCAGCAAUUCAUCAAACAACCCGAACAGGCGUCUGACUGCUGAACAGAUCGCAGCUCGUCAGACUGCGAAGGAGCUACCACAUUUUCACGGCAGUGUCGAUGAGUGGCCGAUAUUCAUAAGCUCGUAUGAAAACGCAAAUGCACUAUGCGGAUACAAUAAUCAAGAAAAUCUCAAUCGACUGAUAACGUGCUUGAAAGGAGAUGCCCGUGAAACAGUAAAAAAUUUACUGGUACACGCAGAUGCUGUGCCCGAAAUCAUUCGAACGCUGUUUGUUUUGUAUGGCAUGCCAGAAAGGGUCAUCGAAUCGAUGAUAGAAGAAUUGAAAAAGGAACCCGCUCCAAAGGAUAAAGAUUUGGAAUCAAUAAUGAAGUACGGCUUCAAAAGCCAUCACGGAAAAGUUACCAGCCCAGCUUCUGCUCCAGUGGGCCUGUAUGAAAAGAACAGUUGGAGUAGUGGAUCUCUCGAAGCAGCUAGUUUAGUCGUGCGACCUACAGUUAAAACGAAUCCUCGUAAACCUCAACAGAAAGACGCCAAUUCCACGAACUCAUCAGCAAAGAAUGGAAAUUUCAUAAAUACGCAAGUGGAAAGUACGUCAAAAGUCAGCAGUUCACAAGCAAAUAAAGUGAAAAAAUGUCCAGCGUGUAAGGAGGAGUCAUGCACGAAACUAACCAGUUGUAAAAAGUUCAAAGGAUCGAACCGCAACGAACGAUUGGCAAUCGUAAAGGAGAACAAAUUGUGUACCCGAUGUCUAGGCGGACAUCACUUUUAUCGAUGUCGUUCAAACUUCAAGUGCAAGGUCGACAGCUGCACAGCCAAACACCACACUAUGCUGCACGAUAAUGAGAAGUCAAAUGAAUCACCAUCGAAAGACGAUACACCGACAUCUAAUGGAAAUAAAACAACAAAGUCAGUUGCCAAAUUUAGCUCUAAUGCCAGCCAUUCGAACUCUAUGACGUCACUCAAGCAACGAGUUGACAAAUUUCGCAUAGUUCCAAUCAUCGUAACGUACAACGGCAGAUCCGUCAAUGAUUUCGCAUUCCUGGAUUGUGGAUCCAAUAUGACUUCAAUGGAGACAAGCCUAGCAAACGAGUUGAACGUCAACGGAACAUCUUCACCGAUAUGCGUGGAUUGGGCAUUUGGACAUAGACAUACGUUUGACUCUAAGAUUGUGUCGGUAACGAUUUCUGGAUGUUUCGACAAAGCCGAUAAAUUCAAAUUGAACAACGUUAGAACCGUCGAUGAAUUACACUUGCCACAACAAACCAUCACAUCAUCCUGGCUUAAGCAAUUUAACCACUUAAAUGGAAUCCCAAUAGCGACGUACGAAUCAGCUAAACCGAGAAUGUUAAUCGGCUUACAGUACUCUCGCCUGAUGGUAUCAUUGAAGACCGUAGAAGGACAGGCUGACCAACCAAUCGCAAGUAAAACGAGAUUAGGUUGGGUGAUUCAAGGACCCAGUUACAAAGGUGGUGAAAAUUCAAAUCGCCAAUUCAGCAUGAACAUUUGCGAAUGUCAAGUCGACGAUAAUAACUUGCAUCAGUUAGUGAAGGAUUACUUCCAAUCGGAAAACUUGGGAGUCAGCAUUCCAAACACGUUAAUGGAAUCGAAAGAAAAUCAACGAGCCAGGGAAAUUAUGGAGUCAACAACGUCCAAGAGAAAUGGGCGCUAUGAAACCGGUCUACUGUGGAAAUACGACCAAAUCGAAUUACCAAACAGCUAUCCAAUGGCACUCAAACGGCUACAAUGUUUAGAAUCCAAAAUGUCAAAGGACCCAAAAUUGGCCGAAAAUUUACGAACUCAAAUGCAACAGUUCGUAGACAAGAAAUACAUCAGGAAACUCACCGCAGAAGAGCUUCAAUCAACAAACGAAUCACGAAUUUGGUAUCUACCAACAUUUCCUGCAUUUAACCCAAAGAAACCGGAAAAGGUCCGAAUCGUAUGGGAUGGUGCAGCCAAAGUAAUGAAAGUGUCACUAAAUUCAUUGCUAUUAACGGGUCCUGACCAACUUGUUCCACUACCGGACAUUCUACGCAAAUUUCGAGAACGGCUAUAUGCGUUCAUUGGAGACAUAAAAGAAAUGUACCACCAGAUUCGAGUUAUUGAAGCCGAUCAGAAUGUGCAAAGAUUUCUAUGGCGAGACGGUGACCAGACAAGGGAGCCCGACAUUUAUGUCAUGAUGGUGUUAACAUUUGGGUUAACGUGUUCACCAAGUCAAGCUCAAUACGUCAAAAACCGAAACGCAUUCGACUUCAUCAAAGAAUAUCCAGAGGCUGUUUAUACAAUCAUCCAUAAGCACUACGUCGAUGACAUGCUAGAUAGUGAACAUACGAUCGACGCUGCAGAAAAACGCAUACGGGAAGUCAAGUUCAUCCAUAAGGAAGGAGGCUUCGAAAUCCGUAAUUUUCUGUCCAAUUCGAAAGAACUUUUGAGACGAAUCGGAGAGACGGGUGAGCAGUCCACUAAAAAUAUGAACAUUAGCUUCGAACUCGGUACAGAGCGCGUACUUGGAAUGUUUUGGAAUACUGGCACGGAUUGCUUCACAUUUUCGUUGAAAUACACCAAAGUCAAUGAACAAAUUUUAUCCGGUAAACAUCACCCAACUAAACGGGAAGUAUUGCGCGUCCUAAUGUCAGUCUUUGAUCCGCUUGGACUACUGGCACAUUACCUAAUCCACACCAAAAUACUGCUGCAAGAGAUAUGGAGGACUAAAGUAAACUGGGACGAACAAAUCACUCAGCCGAAUUUUAAAAAGUGGACCGAAUGGAUAAAGACGUUACAUGAAGUCGAAAAUAUCCAGAUACCAAGGCUAUACUCACCAAAGCUAUCACCAAACGAACCUAAAUCGAUUCAGAUCCAUACAUUCGUCGAUGCCAGUUGCGAGGCAUACGCCACUGCAGUUUAUCUUCGGAUCGAAGACGAAAGUGGGGUUGACUGCUGUCUAGUCAAUGCUAAGACAAAAGUAGCACCAAAUAAACCAAUGUCAGUGCCACGCUUGGAACUUCAGGGUGCAGUACUCGGUACGCGACUAACAAACAGUGUCAAAUCGAGCCAAACAUUCAAAAUCGACAAAGUGGUGUACUGGACAGAUUCGCUAACCGUCAUGGGAUGGAUCAAUUCGGAGGCCAGAAGGUAUAAUCAAUUCGUAGCAUUUCGAAUUGGGGAAGUAUUAGAAUCUUCAGAGUCAAAUCAGUGGCGAUGGGUACCAUCCGAACACAAUGUAGCUGACGAAGCAACUAAAUCGAAGGAAAUUGCGAAAUUGGACUCAACUGCCCGAUGGUAUAAAGCGCCAGAGUUUUUAUACGAUGAUGAGGAUACGUGGUUCUCCGACGAAAUCGAACACAGUACCGAAGAAGAAAUUCGACCAUCAUUUGUCAUGACUCUGAGAGAAGUAGCAUUGGAGGAACUCAUCGAUUUAUCACGUUUCUCUCAAUGGAAUCGAUUAGUGCGCACUCAAGCAUUUAUACUUCGAUUUAUCGAUAACGUUCGCGCGAUCAGAAGUGAUCGUCGUCUUGGGCCGUUACAGCAGGACGAAAUUAAACGCGCAGAAAAUUAUCUUUAUCGUCGAGCUCAACGCGAUACAUUCCACGACGAAAUUAUUGUAAUGCGGCAUAACCAACAGAAUUCAUUGCAAUGGAACGGAUUAGUGAGAACUGUGGCAUUGGUUUUACGAUUUAUCAAUAAUGUUCGACAAAAACGAAACAAUCGCCGUGUUGGACCGCUGAAGCCAAUCGAAAUCAGGUCUGCAGAAAAACGACUAUACCGUCGCACACAAAUCGACCCAUUUGUCGAAGAAAUUAUAUCAACGCGAUACAAUCAAGGGAAUUCGUUGAAGACGUACAGAGACUUCAACCGAUCAAGCACCCUACGAGCCUACUCACCUUACCUCGACGAAUAUGACGUCAUCCGCAUGAAAGGUAGAAUCGACGCUGCUGACGCAGUCUCAUAUGAAACGAAAAGACCGAUAAUUCUUCCUCGGAGGCAUCGCAUAACUCAACUUGUCGUCGACCAUUAUCAUCGCCGUUACAAGCAUUGCAACCACGCCACCGCAUUAAAUGAAAUUCGGCAAAAGUUCGUGAUUCCAGCCCUUCGUGUUGUUAUGAAAGGAAUUAGGACGUCGUGUCAAAAGUGCAAGAACUCGCUAGCCAAACCAAAAAUCCCCGAAAUGGCUGAAUUGCCACCAGGCCGACUAGCAGUCUACAUUCUACCAUUUACCUACGUUGGAGUAGAUUAUUUUGGACCCAUACGAGUACGAAAUGGACGAAAAACUCGCAAUCGACCAGUGAUUAUGGAGAAACGUUGGGUACUUCUGUUUACUUGCCUAACUACACGAGCGAUUUGGAUGGAAAUCGCUCACUCAAUGGACACCAGCUUGUGCAUAAUGUGUAUCGACAAUUUCAUGUUGAGAAAGGGUCGACCAAGAGAAGUGUUCAGCGACAAUGGCCUAUCGUUUCAUAGCAGCGAAAAAGAAUUGAGUGACGAGUUCGCAAAAGUUGAUCAAAGAGAAAUCGAAGAAAAGUUUACGAACUCUGAAAUGGUGUGGAAAUUUAAUCCACCCGCAACACCACACAUGGGUGGAGUCUGGGAACGUCUCAUUCGCACCGUCAAGACGUGUCUCAAAGAAACACUACGAACGCGGACGCCAAAUGAUGAAAUGUUGAAGAACCUGAUUGUCGAAGCGGAAUUCAUUGUCAACUCGAGACCACUUACUUAUGUGUCAUUGGAAACAGCCGAUGAUGAAGCUUUAACGCCAAACCACAUUCUACUGGGAUCGUCAAACGGGAUCAAACCAUUGAGCAAUAUCAAUGAACGUGAUCUGGCAAGAAACACUUACAAAGCAGUCCAAGUUUUGGCCAACAACUUUUGGCACCGGUUUGUCCUUGAAUACUUACCAACGUUGACCAGACGAACAAAAUGGUUCAAACCUGCCGAGCCUAUCAAGGUGGGUGAUGUGGUCGUGGUCGUCGAUGAAAAGAGUCAAAGAAAUUCAUGGCCAAAAGGAAUAGUCGAAGAACUGCUACCCGGUAAGAAAGGAAUAAUUCGACAAGUGAUGAUACGAACCGACAGAGGAAUUCGAAAGCGCUCUGUCAGUAAAUUGGCCGUUCUGGACGUUAAGCCGCCUCAACCGGAAGUAGUUAAUCAGGAAUCAAUGGGAUCUAUUAACGGAGAGGGGAAUGUUGCGCAGCGGCAUCUCAACGUCAACAAUAACAUUUCAUCAAAGAACUCAACGACAACGUUACCUGAUUCAACAGACGAAUGA